CACAAGUGCACUUUCUUCAUCCUGGCUUUCUAGGGCUUCUGUCUCUUUCCCUUGCAUCGAAAUCUAAUAUUUCGACCAGGAAACAUGAAUCUUUGUGCUUCAUUAUCGUCAACUGGCCUCCCCAACUUGAAUCGUUGCUUCCGCUUUUCAAAGCCUUUAGUUUCAGUUCCCUCUUCGUAUUGUCUUCUGUCUCUCUUUUGCGGUAAGAAUUCUUCGGCCAUCGCAGCUUCAAUAACCACAGAUGCAAUGAGCACGGAGCCCGUGAAGCCCAAGAACAAGGACCCAUGGCUAAUCGUUGGCCUGGGAAAUCCAGGCAAGAAGUACGCCGGUACUCGCCACAAUGUGGGUUUUGAGAUGGUUGAUGCUAUAGCUGAAGCUGAAGGAAUACCCAUGAGCAGCGUUUCCUUUAAAGCCCUGUUUGGAAAAGGUGUUAUUGGUGAUGCACCUGUUAUACUUGCAAAGCCUCAGACUUUCAUGAAUUUAAGCGGUGAAUCUGUUGGGGCCAUUGUUUCCUAUUACAGGAUUCCAUUGAAGCAAGUAGUUGUGAUUUUUGAUGACUUAGAUUUGCCUUUUGGAAAAUUGCGGCUGUUGCCAAAGGGGGGACAUGGAGGUCACAAUGGAAUGAAAAGUGUUAUAAGUCACUUCAAAGGGAGUUCUGAUUUUCCUCGACUACGAAUCGGCAUUGGACGGCCUCCUGGGAAAAUGGAUCCUGUAGCAUUUGUUCUUCGCCCCUUCACUAAACAAGAAAGAGAAGAGUUGGAUUUUACAUUUGAAAAAGGAGUGGAAGCAGUACGGAUUCUUUUGCUCGAGGGCUUUAACAAAAGUGCAACAUUCGUUAAUACUGCCAAGAAAAUAGAGCAAACGGGUUGAGUGAAUGAUGAAUUUGGAAACCCUUCUGGCAUUUUAAGAACAAACAAGAUGACAUUUCAAGGAUAUAAUGCCAGGACCAAUUCAAUACUAUUUUUUCAUUCCAAUAGCUAAUCAUUAUUGUAAUCACAUUCUUUUUUCCUUUUUUUUUUUUCAAAAUUUAAGAUAGGUACAGCCUAAACAAUUGUUUUUGGCCUGAAAAAGAUUCCAAAAAAUACAUAUCGUAACUUCAACCUUUUCACUUCAUGAUCCUAAAGAACAGAAAGAAGAGCAGUCUCUCCUGGGCCUAUGUUGUCAAGGGACUCUAGUUUGUUGGGGAAAAGUGAAAACUAACAAGUGUAGGAUUCGUUCUUCUGUCAGGAAUUUAUUGUGACAUAUGAUGGCGGUAAUGGCACUAGUAAUGGAAGGAAAAUAUAGCCUUUCAUCCUCCA